GACAAUCAAAAUGUUUGAGACCAUGAAAAAGUCUUCUCAAGUGUUGACUGCCGUAGUCUUUUAUUGGAUAGUGUCUAUUAGCUUGGUUUUCAUUAACAAGUUACUUUUCAGUGGAAAGUCUUUUCAAGUGAAUGCGCCGUUAUUUAUUACUUGGUCUCAGUGUCUAGUAACUGUAUUUUGUUGUUAUGCACUGGGUGGACUUUCAUGGACGAAGAUGCCUCAGUUUGAAGUACAUUGGAAAACUUGUGUGCAGUUACUUCCCCUUUCUUUCAUCUUUACUCUUAUGGUAGUGUUCAAUAAUAUAUGUCUGAAAUAUGUCGAAGUGUCCUUUUAUCAAGUGGCUCGAUCUCUAACCAUCAUUUUUAACGUAGCGCUUGACUUUAUGCUUCUUGGACAGCAAACAUCUCCUGCUGCUAUUUUCUGUUGUCUGAUUGUAGUUUCAGGUUUCUGGUUGGGUAAUCGAGAAGAGUUACGAUGGUCACUUAUCGGUGUUAUUUCUGGAGUUACUUCCAGCUUUUUUGUUGCUAUGAAUGCUAUUUAUGUGAAGAAAAUGUAUCCGUUUGUAGACAAUGAUCCGUGGAAGAUUACAUUAUAUAACAAUGUGAAUGCUUGUCUAUUAUUUCUUCCUUUUAUUUACUUCAGUGGAGAAGUGAAUACUUUGAUGUCCUCCGAAAAUGUUUCCAAUCCUUCUUUCUGGAUCAUGUUGUCUAUGAGUGGCCUACUAGGCAUUUUGAUUUCCUUUGCUACUGCCACGCAAAUCAAAUAUACGAGUCCUUUGACUCAUAAUGUUUCUGCCACAGCCAAAGCUGCAGCCCAAACUGCUAUCGCAUUGCUUCUCUUUCAAAACCCAGUAACUGGUCUUGGACUUGCGAGUAUCUGUAUUGUUUUGUUGGGUUCGUUGAGUUAUUCCAUUGUACGUCGGAGAGACCUAAUAAUGAAGUUACGAAUUUUAUUCCUAGGAGAUACCGGUGUCGGUAAAAGUGUAAGAAUGGAAAAGAGUUUUUGUAAUUCAUUAUUGGAUAAAACUUAUUAUUAUUUCUUGCACGAAAGUUUAAGACCUACAAAGGGGUUUUCGAUUUCUUGUAUUAUAUUGCCGUUAUCUGUUGAAAGAGAGACUAUGGAAAGGAAAACUAUCGUAGAACUAUGGGAAUGGGGUGGUUUUCCAACCAGUACGAGUGUUUUUCAACGUGCUUUCCGUAGUGUUCCUUUCGAUGGCAUUGUAUUUGUGUAUGACUUGACUAUUUCUUCAACAAGAGAUAGUUUAUGGAAGUAUUGGGCAGUUCAAGUUCAAAAUAGCUUUGGAGAUGUGGAAGGAGGUAUAGAAAGAGACAAUCGAAACUCUUAUUCCUUUUGGAGAGAGAGUGGGUCUUUGAAAAAGGCAGGAGAAACUUUGAGAUAUCUUUUCCUUCAAAUCCUUUCUUCUGUUUUACCUUAUGUUAACCAGCAAUGGAAAGAGAAAAUGGAAACUUAUUAUUUAUAUGAAUUAAGUCAACAGUUUCCAGUAGCAGUAAUAGGGAAAAAGUCGGAUAUUUGGAGCCAACGAAGAAAACUAAAACUACACAAGUCUAAUCCUACUCAUGACAAGAACAUCUUUUAUGGCCCAUUUCAUACGGAACAAGCAAUUGUUGGUCAGGAUCGAUGCUUUUGGAAUUUUCUUAGUGCAGUGUUGGAACGUAAAUCUAACAAGAUAAAUAAAUACUACUAGUCACUCACAACCCAUCAUAUCGUAAUCAACUGUGUAUAAAUGAGUCAAAAGGGUA